AUGCCUGUGGCUGUUUGGAUGAUGCCCCCUUCAGACAACUCUUGCUUCCAUGCUGGAGAUACCCAGUAUGCAGGAGCAAAUGGACUCAAGACAUAUAAGCAGGUGGUCGAUGGUCUGCAGCUGCUGAUGAUCAUGCCUGCAACCAUUGUCUGUACACAGAAUGCGUGCACAGUCUUGAGAAGAGAAGAGGAAGAGAGAACUAAAUACUGCAAUCACUUGCUACUGUGUGCAGAGCUUUCAAAACAAGAAGUAAUGUGUUCUGAGGAGACUGAAGUUGAUGUGAUUGGAGAAGAGAACUGUGUGGAUAGCUGCAUACUUGGAGAUAUCUUUUUUUUGGGCCAGAACCAGCACAUGGAUACUGUUUCAGCAGAGAACAGAGAAGAAACUGAAAAUUCUGAAUCUGAUUCCUCGGGGGAAAGUGAAAACAGCUUCCCUGCUGCUGUUUCCCUCAGCAAAACAAAAAGCAGUCUGGUGAAGCCUCCUUAUUCCUACAUUGCCUUAAUCACCAUGGCCAUUCUGCAGAGUCCAAAUAAGAAACUCACAUUGAGUGGAAUUUGUGAUUUUAUCAGCAACAAAUUCCCUUACUACAGAGAAAAGUUUCCAGCUUGGCAAAACUCAAUACGGCACAAUUUGUCCCUUAAUGACUGCUUCAUUAAGAUUCCCAGAGAACCUGGUAACCCAGGAAAAGGUAACUACUGGACACUGGAUCCGGCAUCUGAAGAUAUGUUUGAUAAUGGCAGUUUUCUUAGGAGAAGAAAAAGAUUUAAACGGCAUCAACAAGAGUAUGCCAAAGAUGGAACCAUAUUCUACCCACAGUUCACCUGUUACAGAUCUUAUGGGCACCCUUAUUCUGCACAAUCACAUGACUUUUUGCAACAAGCUCCCUUCAGGUAUAUUCCAUUUUUUGAAGGUACUGUGAGACCUGUUAACAAUUACCAGUUGUCCUGUCCAGAAAUGAGAAGAAAGAUCACAGAUGCAGUAAGUAAUACUGACUUUCAGACACAGCUCUGCACAGCAAGCAAAACACAGCAGCAGGUUGGCAACAGUGGCACAGGUGCCAUGAACAAGUCCUCCUUCAGCAUUGAGAGCAUCAUAGGCCAGCCAAGGUCACACACAGCUCCAGCAUCAGUGAACCUAUGCCCUAGUCUGGACUGUUCCCAAUUCCUUCAGAGAUCUGCCACUUAUCUACUUCCUACAAUGCUGAGUGUGUCCAGCAGGAGUUUGUUUAACCAUGGUACUCAUCUGUUCCAUGCACUUCAGGCUGGCCAUGAACUGUACAGUCCAUACUGAGAAGGGAGACAUUCUCUUCAACCCUACGGACAUUAGCUUUUUAGUAGCUCAGUUAUGUCUGUGACAUUUGGAGUUCAUAACUGCAUUUAUUAAAUUGUCUGCAUUCUGAAUUUAUACUGCAUAUCUCUGGAGGCAGGUUUUGAUGGAAGUCAUCUCUGCAUGAAAUUGUUUUGAUCAGGAAGAAGUGUUACCAGUAAAGGGACAGCAUUUUUGCAUCAGUAGCCAAGUUCAGGAAUGCACUGACAGUUAUAUGAAAAAAGUAAAUGAGAUACCUAAUAUUUAAUAAAAUGACAAAUUAGGACAUAACAGUGGA